UCAGUCUGUUUUAGAAAACACUACUGCAGUUCUUGUUGGCAAAUACAACUGGAAAAUAUAUUAAUUUAUCAUAUUAGAGUUUAAAUGGAGAGAAACAUAGACCCUGGCAGCAGCUAAAUGCUAAUAAAACAUAGUAUUAACAAUAUCAUAUCCAUUUGUAUUAAGUUAUUUAAUUUUAAAUGAAUAUUGUAUCUUAUUACUAAUUAUAGUUUAUAAGUAAACUCCAGUAACACUUUAAAUAUUAAACAUAAUAUGUAUCACUAUAAAAUAAAUUAACAACUGACAUUUUUAAAUUACUCUAUACUGUUAGUUACUGUUUUAAAUCACUUUUUUUUUAAAAUUUAUUCUUGUAAUAAAUAAACUUAAAUUUAAAUUUAGAACUAGAUUAGUAAAUAUCUAAUUAAAUUAAAAAUGUAAUUGAUAAUUGUUAUUAAAAUCAUUUUAGGCAAUAAAUGUAUGAGCUCAUAAAAUAUUUAGUCAUUGUUAUUGUAUAGUUGAGUUUAUAAUAAUUUUUUUAUGAAGAAAUUGUAUGACAAAAGUGUACUUAGUAAAAAUAUUAGGUUUUAUAAUAUAUUUACCAAUAUUGUCUAUUAAACUUUCCAAAAUAUUAGAAAAAAAAAUGUUUGUAGAAUUUAUUAUAUUUCAUAAUAGUUAAUAGAUCAUUGUGUGAUUUUUAUAUAUAUAUAUUUUUUUGAUAGUAUAUUAUACAAUAUGUAAUCAAUUUUAAUUCAAUUAGUUUAAAAUAAUUUGUUUACACUUUGAAAUACUUUUUUUUUCUUAUUCUGUGUACUAAAAUUAAAAUUCAUCAAUUAUGUUAAAAUCAAACCCUGUAUUAUUUUGGUGGUUUAAUAAACUAGUUUUAAACUAUUUGUAUGUGAACUUACGAAAAUAUGAUUUUGUCUGCCAUUCCAUUCUCCUUCAAGUGUUGAAUAUGUAAUAUCAUUAUUAAUUCUAUUAUGUCCACCAUAUUCAACAUUAUCACUAUUCAACACUAUUUUCAUUGGUCCUGAGGAAUGCAAACCUAUUUUGUAAUCUGUAAAACUUUUAGUUGGAUGAAAAUUGAAUACAAACAAUAAAUUUCCUCUUUCAAAUGCAAUAAUUUUAUCAUCUUCAUGUUUUAAACUAACAUAUGCCUAGAUAAAUAUUAAAAAAAUGUAUAUUUUGAUAAAUGUAUAUGACAGAAACUAUUUAUCAUACUUACUGGAUUUGCACUUAACCAUCCAUAUUUAUUUUCUAAAUUGUUCAUACUUUUAUCAAAAUUGUUCAAAAAUUUAUAUUUUAAUGAUUCAUCAUCUACCAAAUUCCAUUGGCGUCUGGCAUAAUGAUAUGAACUUUGAUUACCAUCACGGGGAAAAUCUAACCAUUCUGGAUGACCAAAUUCAUUACCUAAAAAAAAAAAUAAAAUAAAAAAUAGCAAAAUUGAAGGAGAAUUUAACUUAUAUCCCUUACCAAUAAAAUUUAAGUAUGCUUCACCACCAAGACUAUGGGUUAUCAAUCUAAUCAUUUUGUGUAAAGCUAUUCCACGAUCAAUAAUUAAAGAAGAUUCACUUGAAAUGGCCAUAUGCCAAUACAUUUCUUUGUCCAUCAACCAAAACGCAAUAGUUUUAUCUCCAACUAAAGCCUGAACAAAAUGUUUAAAUAUACUAUUAUUGUUAUUAUUUUUUAAAUUCAGGUAUGUACAUUAUUACUUAGAUACUUUUUUAGUCUAUACUAAUUAUUUAAAAACAUUUUUAGAAAAAAAAAGUAGUUGCAACUACCUUUUUAAAACAAUUAUUUUUACAUUCUUUAGGUGCUUAAAAUAUUUUUAAAAUUUGCACUUAAAACUCAACCAAGCCUCUUCCCCAAAUCAAGUAUUUAUUAUGUAAAUAUUAAGUAUAUUUUAUCAAUAUUAUGGGACAUUAAUAAGCUAAAUAUAUAAAUAAAAAUAUAUUUAUAUAAUUAUUUAUAAUAAUUAAACAAUUUAAUAAUUUUUUUCAGGCCCCAUUCAGGGGGAGUUUUCCUGAUGGACUGGACUACUCCCUAGGCAAAUAAUUUUUAAUCUUUUUUUUUAAUAAUUGAAUAAAAUGAUAAUAAUAAAAAAAAAUGUUUGUGGUUGACACUUAAAAAUGUCAUGGAUAUGACUCAACAUCAUUUUUAACAACCUCUCACUACUGGUUUAUUUACUAUUUUCUCAAUCCGACCCUGAUUUUGUUUUUACUUUAUUAUUUUGUUAUUUAAUAAGCUCCCAAAUAUUUUUGCUAUUUGUGCCUGUAUAUUAUAAUAUAUCCAUUUAAAUAAAAGAAUAUUGCAUAUAAUAUUGCAUAAGUAUUAUUAUUAAUGUAUGUAAUGUUACUUGAUCAUGAGAUUCACAGUAUGCAACUGUUUUUUCCAUCCAUCUCCUAUUGGUAAGUGUAUGAACGAUAUUUCCCAUAUUCCAAUCAUCAUCUUUGCAUUCUUUUAACAAUUUAAUCCACAUGUCUGGAAUAGCCAUGGCUAAUCUGUAGUCAAAUCCCAAGCCUCCCUCAUCGACUGGCCGACAAGUCGAUGGCAUUCCAGAUACAUCCUAAAUAAUUGAACAACAAAAAGCAAUUUAAUAAAAAUAAAAAUGUAAUAUUGAUUGAUUUAUCUAGGUAAUAAAUGGGUCACCUCUGCUAUGGUUAUACAAUUAGGAUAAAACUUAUGCAGGAUAUAGUUUGCCAACAUUAAGUAAAUUACUGCAUCACUAUCAACACUCAAUCCAAAAUAAUCAUCAUAGUGACCACUAAAACCUUGUCCAGCUCCUCUUGAAUGAUAUAGCAUCGAUGUGACUCCGUCGAAUCUAAAUUUUUUUUUUAUUAAAUAGCUAUUCAUAAUAAGUAUAAUUAUCAAAUAUAUUUUGAAAAUGGGGUUUACCUAAAUCCAUCAAAAUUGUAUUCUUCGAUGUACCAACGCAAGUUUGACAGUAAAAAUCGUAACACUUCGUACCUAUAUAUGUUAGCAUAGGUUAUUAAUAAAAUAUCAAUUUAAGUUUAAGAAAAAAAAUUAUUUUUUCACUUAUUUACUCCGAAUAAUUAAACAGUCUACUAUCCCAUAAAGGAUGACUUCCUUUGGGUCCGCUGUGAAAGAAUCCAGCGUCUGUACCAUCAAACUGAUUCAAGCCAUCCAAUACGUUUUUGGACGCAUGUGAAUGGACCAUGUCUAACAUGACAUAAAGACCUUUGCUAUGUGCAACAUCUACUAAUUCUUUAAGUUCUUCCGGUGUGCCGAACCGACUAAAAUUCAAAUUAAAUUGUAUGUAAAUACUUCAUAUAGGUACCUAACCUGACUACAAUAAAUAAAUACAAAUUAUUAUUUGGUAGGUUUUAUAGUAAUAAUAAUAUUAUGUAUAUGUCCCAUGUGCCUAUUAAACAAUGGCAAAAAAGUUGAUUAGCUAGUUAUAACUAACCCCCCCCCCCCAGAAAUUUAUCCAAAAACUACAUUUUACCUAAUGUGCUUAGCUAAUAUUAUUAAAUUUUUUUCGACAGAUAUGUCAUACCAUAAUAAUGAAGUAAUCAAACACAAUUUUCUUCACUAUUAAAACCAUUAGGUUUACCAUUUGCAAUAAUUUAAUUAAUUUAUAGAAAAUUGACUUUUUUAAAUUGCAUAAGUGGAUUACCAAAUUAACCCUCUCUAGAAUGUUUAAAUGUUUAAACAAUUGUUUAUGUAAGGUUUAUAAAUUUAAACAAAUUAUAUUAAUUAGAACUGUUUAGAGCUUUUUUUAAAAUUAAAAGCUUUUAAAAAAACUUUUAACCCAGAUAAUUAUAAUUUACAAUAUUGACAGAUAUAAUACUAGAAAAACAAAUAGUAAUAGUCAAGUUAAAUGACGAAGCAAGGACGAAAGAAAUAAUUAUUUUAAUAACAUGUUCAGAAUUUGAAUUCAGAAUAGCAAAAAGGCAGCUUAUUUUUAACUGAAAUAAAAUAUAUAUUGAUGCAGAAGGCAAGUACCUCGAAGCUGCAUAGAAACUGGUUACUUGAUAACCAAAAGACGCGUAAUACGCGUGUUCCAUAAUCGCCAUCACCUGGAUGGUGUUAUAUCCUAGAAAAAUAGUAGGUACAGAAAUUAAUUAAUAAUAAUUAUAGUUAGAUUAGAUUCGUAAAAUUAAAAAAUGUUUAAUUAUUAUAAUAUUCAGUGGCUCGCAGGGGAAUUUUAAUAACAUACAUAAUCAAUAAAUGUGUCCAUCAAUCAUAGGCGCAAAUAACCCAAAAUGUUUGAAGGGGGUGGACGGUGGUUGAGUCCCCACUAAACUCAAGCUUCUCCCUCUAAUAUUACUAAAAAAGCGUUUAACAUUUCAUAACUAUAGUACCUAAUAUACAUACAAUAAAAAAAUAUUAGAAAACAUUUUUAUUUUUUUUUCAAUAACAUACUCAGUUCUGUGUUGGCAAAUUAAUUUACAAUAUCAUCUACAUUUCUAUUAUUUGAUACAUCUCUUGAUCUCAUUGAUUAACAUUUAAAGCGACCAUAUAUCAUAGUUGAUCUUAUCCAAGUCAAACCGUUUGAUAAAACUUUUUCUCUUUUUAUUAUUUUCUGAGGUUUUACGUUUGAUAGUAUAUUAGAAAUAUCUGGAGUAUUACCCUCUUACUCUUAAUGGUGUUAUAAUAUAUUUCCCGCCUAUGUAUAGCAUAUAUUGUAAUGAUUUAGCAAUAUAGGUAUACAAUAUUCAAUAUUGUAUACAUCAUAAUUUUAUUAGGUAUUAAGUAGUUAUAUUACAUUACUGAUAUAAUAAUUAUAUCUAAUAUAACUAUAUAAUAACUAUAUAUACUGAUAUAUAUAUAGUAAUAUUAUAAUGUUGUUAUUAUUAUUAUAAUCAGUACACAUUUUAGAUUCUGAGUGGAGCGAAGAAGCUUAUGGUUUUACAAAGAUGCUUAUUUUUUUAUUUUUUUAUCUGUGAGCAACUUUUCCACCAAAAGACUUGCUCUGAUUUCUAAGUAUAGCACUUUUUCUGAAAGGAAAUUGAUGUGGGAAGGUACAAUAAGGUACAAAAGGUCAUUUUUCGAUUUUAUCAAGAGCUUUCCCGGCAAAUGUGAAAAAUCAGAAGAAACAUGGAAAAACUUAAGAAAACCGGAAAAUCGGUAUAAUAUUAAACAAAUAUUGUUAAAGAAAAUAUAUAAGGUCUAUUUAAUUAUUUUAUUACAAUAUGGAAUGUAUGUAUAUUGUUGAUAAAGCAUCACUAUAAACUGAACUCCGCUCAGAAUCGUUUUUUCGUAAGUAAUGGUUUAUCGUUGUUUAAAAGUAUACAUUAAAUUAAAUAUUUUCCACUUUUUAAAUUUUUCACAUUUGUAGAGAAAACUCCGGGGAAAAUCGAAAAAUGGCCUCUCUUAGAGUGCCAUCCCAGUCAGAUUUACUUUUAGAAAAAAGUGCUAUCAUUGUAAAUCGGAGCAAAAUUUCUGGUAGAAAAGUUGUUCACAAAAAAAAAAAUGUAAAAAAAGCUAUGCUUGUGGUCAUGGGCACCCAAGGGACAUCUGCCCCCUCCCUGGACUUCAUAAUGUCAAAUAUAAUUUUAUAUUAAGUACUUUUUGGUGUUUAAUUUGGCAAAAAAUCCCCUGGAAUUUGCCUCCUUUAAAUUAAUAAAUACAAUUUGAAUGGUCACAAGUUGUGGUAGAGACACAGAGUUACAAAGUAAUUACGCAAUAAUACAAUUAUGAACAAUAGACAUUUAUAUACAAAUAAAAGUUAAUAUACACAUUAUAUUAUGUAGUAUACCCUAUGUAAACACCACUGCUUAAAUUGAUAUCAUUUUCAAAAAAAAAAAAAAUGUUUCAUAAAAUGCUUAUUCUGAGUAUUAAGUACAAACUUGGGGGUCUUUGCAAAAAUCUAGGGGACUAAGUCUCCAAUUCCCCCCAUGUGCGCCUAUCUUAUUUUAAAGCUUCCCUAUGAUACUAAUUAAUAUUACACUAGUAAUCUACACCCACCCGUUUCUUCGAAAACAGGUCAUGAAGUCGCAUUAUUUGAUUAUCUAUGUCCCAUUGAUAAUAUUAUAAUUUAUUAUUAAAUAUAUUAUGUUUACCCAAAUUGAUAAUUCGAUCUAACAUGGUAUCUUUAAAUUCUCGGUAACUUCCAACCUUGUAUUCCGACGUGGCGAUCCCGAUAUGACACUCGUAAAUGCGCAUAUUAGACGGUUUCGGUACUUUGGGGUGUUUGAAUUGAUAAACCUUGAAAACGUAUAGUAUAAUCGGUUUUAGGUACUUGCCCAUAAAAUCACAGAACAUCAGAUCCAAAAUCUAAUUUAUUAAGAAAAAACUCACGUGAUCAGACGGAUUCCAGACUUUGUGUUUAAAUGUAACACCCUGUUCGCGAGGAGGUUGGACAACGUAAGUCGCCCAGGGUGAAAUACGGUCCAACUUCUCACCAUGAUAAGUUUCAACCACAAUCUAUUAAUCGACAUAAUAGAUAAAAUUUUAAUAAUAAAUUAACUAGGUAAAUAGCAAUGUGAACUGACUACCUACCUUUAUUUCAGAUAAAUGUUUAAUCGCGGGUGUCCCGUCGCUGCUGGGCGGUAAAGUCAAUUCCCAUUUUCCAUAGUCGAGUUUUUUGAACGGGCAAUUUUCUCUGUUCCAAUUAUCUGUAAGUAUAGGUAAGAAAUAAUUAUUAAAAUGUAUAACAUAUUUAAUAAGGACAGUAAGGUUUAGGAUAAUUAAUUAAUUAACUAACAAUUAUAUGUAUUAUGUAAGUAUAAAUAUCAAAAUACUAAAAUUAUAUUGGUAUAAUUGAUUAUUUUAAAUUGCGUCAACUGACUAAAUUUCAUCACAAAUGUCAUUUUCCAUAAUAUCACAUUUUCGGGGCGGUGAUAGUGGUGGUUAAUGAUUAUGAGGAUUUCUGAAUUUUAUAAUUUGUUAGAAAUAUCGUUAAGAGGGGCGUCAUACUCGCGCAAGUUGUCUCUGUCAUACAACCGCGUGACAUGGCAAAUGUUCGUACCGCAGAGAUAACUCUAGGUCAGGGCUAGAUCGAGAGGAGCUUAGAUGGGCUGUAGCCCCGGGCCACAAGUUGAAGAAGGUUACACAAUGUGUGUUUUUGAUGAGGAACUUUUGGUUUUAUUAUGAUAUUUAUCUUAUAUAAUUUUUUUUUCUUUCUGUGGACAACUUUUCUACCAACAAUUUUGCUCCGAUUAAAAAAAAUAGUUCUUUUUCUAAAAGGAAAUCUGACUGUGAAGGUACUCUAAGGAGGUCAUUUUUUUAUUUUCUCAGGAGUUUUCCCAAUAAAUUGAAAAAACGGUAAAAAAACGGAGGAAAAACGGGAAAAUGUACAAAAUGUAGACAGUAUUUAAAAAACAUUACGGUCUUUUUUUUUCUGUAAAUACCUCUUUUUUUGUUCAUUUAUACGAAUAUAAGAAUAUAAUAUGAAUCUUUUGUUGAUGAACUUUUUUUUUUUGCUUAUUGAUUUUUAGCCACGGGCCCCAUAACCCUAAAUCCAUCCCUGCUCUGGUCUGUUAGUUUAAAUAUUAGAAAGAAUUCACCUUCAAUCAAACUUAAAGAUAAGAAAACGAAAAAAAACGAUGUUCUUAUCUUUAAGUUUGAUAAUAUGUAGGUAAGGUUAAAUUAGGUAAAAUUCACCGAACGAAAAAUUGCUCUCACGCUGCAACAUGUUGUAUGACAUGUUGAGACAGCUUAUUAUGUGGGUAUGAUGUUCUUUGUGGUAGUACCUAGAUAGUACAAAAUAGUGUGAAAUCAUGUUUCAUGGGUUAGUCCAAGGAUUUUAUAGCUCUUAAAAAUCUAUAAAUAUGGGUAGAAAAUAUACAAUAAAAAUGACGUCAUAAGUAACAUUACAAAAUGUACAAUAUCAAAAAAGCUCCCAGGGGUCGUAUUAAUAGCCAAAUACUUAGGAUUGGGUAGUAUCUUCGAUAAAACUAUCUUAAAUAUGUCUUUUAGAUACACUAUUGUAAAUUGUAUCGCGAUAAUUCUAGAAAGUAUCGAGUACCUACCUACCUAAUCUUGUGAUUUUGAAAUCAAUGUAUCAAUAAUCUUGAUAUUUAGGUAGGUAGUAUCUCGUACAUACGCGGACAAGUUGAAUUAUUUUCUCAUCUGGCUUUUUAAAAAAUGCAUAGGAAAUUAAAACAAGGUUGUACGAAAAUGGGAAAAAAUUUUGGAAAUAAUUAAAAUAAACGAAUAUUGAAUUUUUUGAAACAUGAUAUGCGUGAAAAAUUUAACUUAUAUUUUCAUUUUUAUAUAUUUUAUCAAGUAGGUUAGGUUAGGUUGUAGUAUUUAAAUAUAUAGAAUGUAGAUAUCUUGUAUUAUUAUACUUUUUACAUGAGUACCUAGUAUAUUAUUAUAUUUAUAGGUACUGAAAAUCAAAGGGUUUAUUAUCUAUAGAUACCUGUUUAGUAGGUAGUCAUUGUGAAAUAUCUUGCCCAUCUCUGUAAAUAGAUGGCAGCUAACUGACUAUAUUAAAACUAAUCGUUAAGAGUAGCACUCAGAAAUUAUAGGCGCUAAAAAAGGCAAAAUAUGCAUGGAACAUUUUUUUAAAAUAUGCACGAAAAAAUGUUAAAUAAGCGAAAAAUUAUUCAAAAACAAAUCAUAAUGUCAUUAUUAAUAUUUACAAAAGAGAUAAAGAUUAAAUGCGAAUCGCACUGUUGUCGUUAAAUUAAUAAUAGACUGAGACGAUAAGGAACAACAAUAAAUAAUUACGUUAAAUAAUAUUGAGUUUUAUAUUCAAUGUUAAUUAAAAUAUAUUGGCCAAAAAAGAAAAAGAAUUGAUUUUUUUUAGCAAAUAUUAAAUAUGCAUAUACGUGUAAAAAUAUGCGAAAAUCAAUGAAAAUUGAUAACAUUUUUCUCUAAAAUUAACGAAAUAUGUAAAAUAUGCAUUAUAAAUGUUCGAUUUUUAAAUUAUUCAUUGAAUUUCCAGUUUGGUUUGCUACGAAUUCAGUGCAUACAGAAAAAUAUGAAACUCCUAUAACUUCCGAACCCUAAUUAUGAAGUUAUGAAUGUUUUGGUGUCUAUAAUGAAUAGGUAAGUAUUACAAGUACGAAAUUAAUAAUACCAUAGAAAUAAGGAAACUGGAGUAAGUAAUGAAAAUACAAAUCAGUUAUCAGACAGAACCUCGGGAAAUUUAGGUUAAUAAUAUAAUUGCCCAAGUUAAAUAUUAAUAAGAAAGUCUCUUAUUAUUUAUUUCAGCGGUUCCCAACCUUUUUAGUUGUGGAUUACCAAUUUUGUAGAAAAGACUUUCAGGCCCACUAAACUAAUAUGCAGGUAAAAAUAAAAACACUUAAGCGGUCCCUACACGAUCAAUAAUAUUGAAGGAUUGUACAAUAUAUCGAAGAAAUCAAACUGGGUUGGAAAUUUAUUACACAAUACUUAAUAUCCUCUUCACAAUAUUAAUCUUUCAUUGACAGAAAUAGCUUCCCUCAUUAUCGUAUUUUAUUUUUGGAUAUAUGGAGUGUCAAGCUAUAAUGAUAAUACGAUUAUUAUACAGUCAAGUUAAUUAUACUUAUAAAAUACAGGUAAUUUCACAUGCUUUCAAUAAAUUCUCAAAAGAUGUAGCAUCCAUUCGCAAAAAAUGCCUAUAGUCGUCUGGUUCAAUCAUUCGUGGAAAGUUCAAUAAUUUUUCAUGACUAUAUUGCUCUCUUCGUUUAUAUCACUCUUUUAUCCAUCGUCUUGGAAUUUUGUUUGGAAUUUUUUUGAUUUAAUCCAAGUACUACCGCGAAGCAAAUUAAUUCGGUUAGGUUCGUCGUUAUCGUAGGUUAUCAUUAAGAUACAUUUUUAAAACAAUUAUAAUCUAUAAUUUAUAGCAGAUGGUAAAUGCCACUAAACACCUUUAACACAGCGUAAACAACACCUUUAUGACCUGGCCAACGAAUAUUUCUCGACUGAAUAUUGGGCAAUAUUAUUGAGAAGUUUGGGUUAAAUGAAUAUUGAACAAAAUAUUGACACAAUUUUAUUGACUCAAAAUUAUUGAUCGUGUAGGGGCCGCUUUAUAUAUUAUGCACAUAUGACCAAUAUAUGUAUGUAUAUAUACAUGAGAACGCCACUGUCUAGAAUGCUAGAUAAGAAAACGACAAUCAAUACAAUAAAUGGUACAAUAGCGAUAAUUGUCUGAUUAUUAUAAAAUCUCGAUUGAAAUACAGACGUUUAUAAUAAUAUAAAUAAUAAAGAAUUUUCCAACUCUAUUGGCUUAUACCCUCGACCAGCGUCUGUGGCCCAGUACCACAUUGUCCGAGGCCCACAAGUGGACCGCGGGCCAUGGGUUGGGAAACGUUGAUUUAUUUAAUUACGUAGUUACGUUACGUAAUUAAUUAUUAAAAUAAAAUAAUAUAAAAAUAGGUUGGUACUCACUAAAAUCACCGGUGAGAUAUAACUGUUUGGCUCCCGGAGCCCAUUCCAAACAUUUGACGGUCCCAUCGUUAUUGAAAUGUACACCGAAAUUUUUGUAGCCGGUCGUAAAUGAAUCCAAAUCUACCUCGGUUUUUAUUCUUUCUAAAUAAUCCAAAAAGCACGCGUACCUAAAAGAAAAAUAUACAUAUGUAUAAUAAGACUACCUGUUCGAAUUUAUUCAUCUAAGUAGAUAAUUAUUUAGGCUCUACAUAUUCACAACUUUUAAAAAUAAUUAAAAAGUAAUAAUAAUAUGUUCGUUUUAGGUAGGUACCUGCGUUUGAAUUCUCUCUCGUAAGGCUUCAAAUACGGAUCGCGGUCCAGCUGUGUUUGUAGCUCGGGCACUUGUACGUCCAUGGGGUCCAUUCUGGAAUGCUUACCUCCCAU